UUUUCCUCGUUUGCCUGUUCUAUCUGCAUAUUCUUUCGAAUCCAUCCGAGGAAAAAGACAUCCUACAGGCAAGCGACGAAUUUUUCUGCUGAAAGUGCGUUUCAAAGCCUCUCAGUUGAAUUAGGUGUUUCGAAACCUCGGCCGUGCUGCAUCAUUGAUAUUGGUUGGAAAAUUGGUACCAUUGGUUUGUUCGAAAUUAACAAGAUGCGAAUGCCAUUUUAAAAGAUUCACACUUUAGGGAAGGCGAUCCUCGGAUUUUCUGAACCAUCUUGCCAAGAAAAAAAAAAACAAAUUCUUUAUAGAAUGAGCAGCGCAUCUAGUAAUUGGGAUACCGAUUCCCCAAAUGUAUCACCAACCAGAACCGGUGGUGGUACUUUUACAUGGAACCGAUCCACAUAUGGUAAUCGAAAUGUCGGGAGCAAUGGUGCUAAUAUUGCUACACCGAGGAAACGGCCACGUUGGAAUCUUAGCAGAAACAGAGAGUACAACUUUUUCGGCCGGUCCAACGAUUCCGUGCGAUGCGAAAAUAUUGCCCUCAAGGUUCUGAACCGACAACAUUGCGGAUAUUUCAGUACAGGACUCAAUAAACGUUCCCACAAAGUUCCCUAUCGAGAGGUGCCGGAGCAUUUGAGUUUUUGUUUGAAGGAAAUUGUGCCAUACUGCUAUCUGCAAGGACAUGUGUUCAUGGGACUAACGGCUUGUGGUCAGUUUUUGAUUAGCUACAAAGUUUCGUACGACUAUGAUGAAGUUAUCACGAAUGAAUAUAAUUUCUCUUCUAACUAUAAAUACGAGUUAUAUUUUUGGAUCUACCGACCACAUUUCCUGCUUAGUAAAUAUUUUCACGUCUGUUUGUUCGAUGAUCAUGGGGUAGAUGAUAUCAAGACGGUAUCUAUAACGCAGUGGAAAACCGAUCGUCAGUUGUUAGUUGUUCACGGGGCCAGCGAGAAAGAAGACUGCGAUUCGUACAUGACAUUGGUACGUGUUCCUCGGUUGGGUUGUCUGGAAUGUCGACAAGUGCGAGAUGCUAACGAGGAGGAUGUUAAUCGGGUAGAUAUUCUUUGCAUCCGAUGUAACAUGACCAUACAUACCAAGUACAGAAAUUCCGACUCGGGUCCUAAAUUCAAUCCUCGCUAUAAUUUAAACUGCCCGGGUUAUAUAAUUAUGAGUGAAAGCAGUUUUAUUCAUACAAUCAAUAUUAAAUUGGACAUGAGCCGAUGUCCCGAUCGGAAAAAAUCAUCAGCGGUGCUUAGUAGCAAGUAUAUUUCCAAAUAUUCAAACCCAAUAGCGCCCACCCAAGUGCGGAUUAACCUUCCUCAACAAAAAGAGGCACCUAAUACAAAGGAUAAUGUAAAGAGGGAAACUAUGCAAACUACCAGGACUGAGAUAAAUCAUCCGCAAAUUUCGCUCAGCAUAGCUGAUCAGAUCAUAGCGGACUUUGCGGAAUAUGAGACUGAAAAUUAUGAAUCCAAAUGUUCCCAAUCUCUUUCCCUGAUAAAUCGUGCCACCAAUAGACUGUCUUCAAAUUCCACCGUCGUCACACCACGCAAUCAUCCAUCGGCAACAGUGGUCUUUCCCGAAAAUUUCGAUGAAUUAGUCAUUACUUGUGACCCAGAAGUUACGAAUCCGUCUCGCAGUAGCCCUUCCUCAAUUAUGACAUCUAAAAGUUCAACUGCAUCAGGCCAUCAGGAGCCGCUUUCUCCGUCUUCCAAUGUUCGAUUGAUGGAUCAUAGAAACCAUACGAAUAUAGAGUUGAGAGUUUCCAGUUCCAACGCCACAACGUCCGAGCUAAUUGGGCCUGAUAGUAAUCAUAAAUCCUACGUCACUAGAAUUGAUCUGCAAACACGUGACAUGGACACUCCCAUGGGAUCCAAUAAUUUAUUGCUCAAGCCACAGGAGCACAACGGGAUACCAUCUAGUUCCUCAGCAUCGCCAACUGCAUUAGCAAUUGGUGUCAACUCUGGUAGGACACCAUUAAGAAGGCGAUCCUAUCUAUCUACCAGAUCGACUGAAUCUAGUGUUCCUAACGAAGCAUUGCCUGCAGGGUCAAGUGCCGAUGUAGCUGCUAAAGCUUACGAGUUUUCUGAAGAUACAGAACGCUGUGAAAAAAUAAGCAUUUUCAGAAAACGACGUCUAGCGGAUAAAAAAUACGAGUUCUCUGAAGAUAGCAGCCAUGGGGAUAGCAUCAUUGUUCCUUUCAACAGAUUGCGCAAUGAAAUACGCACCCGAAAUGCUUCUCAUCAGAACUUUCAAAUAUGCAGUCCAUCACAUCAAGGUGCAUACGAUAUGGCAAACCAUCUCCAUAGAGCUUCACCAAACCAUGGCUUUCGAUCGCCCUGCGGUUCUCCAGUUGGAAAUCGAUAUCUCCGAUCCCCUCCAGGAAUACGAUCUCCUAACUAUUACCGCCAUCAUUCGCCUGGUGCAAAUCCUCUUCCUACCACAUCCAGCCGCCCUGGACAAUCGGCGGCAGCCCACAUUAUCCGAAUGACAAAUUUUGAUCCGAAAGAUUUCAUUCAUCAUUCGGGCAAUGGAUCCGAGGAGAUCCCGAGAUUCUUCAUCGACGCCAUUCAAAGAUUUAACGAGAAAAAACUUCAAGUUGAUGGAGGUCAAAACGAAAAUAUUAACUCCGAUAAUCUGCUACCAAUGAAACAUAAUGCUUGUGAGGGGUUUCCUUCCAUUAUUUUGCACGAAGUAAAGGGAGAAAAAAAACCUAUCUGCUCUAAAAAGAUCGUUAAAAUUUUCGUCGAAGAAGACGAUGCCAAUUCGGUCCUGACAACUGAAGAAGAUGACUGCAUUUCUCCUGGUUAUCAUGCCUCGUUACCAAUGGAAGUACACGGUUCCUGCUAUUCCAAUAUGCAAAUUAUUACACCGGCAUCGUACAGUAAGUUGAGCUGCCCAGCGGUUAUAGUCACACAGAAUUCAUUCGAUAUGGAAACGUUCUCAUUCCACGUGGCCAGCUACAUCUGCGAAAAAAACGACAAAAAGUAUGGUAUCCUGUUUGAUUCGGCCUAUGAACUGACCCAUGUCUGCCCGCUAACUGACACCAUCACCUGCACUAUGGUUCUACAGUUCACAGCAAGUGAUGCUAACAUAGUCAAGCAGUGUCAUAACUGCUCCAACACCAUAGACUGUCGUACGCAUCGCAAAAUUUAUCAGUGCCGAUCUCUAUUCACUUGGAACAUGACCACUGGCAAUUGGACGGUUUUGGACUACGGAAAUCUGGCCGGCGGACCUUAUCUUGAACUGAAAAAAUUGGCCUCAAACUAUAAUCGACUGUUGGUAAAGCUACGCAAGUUCACCCGUAAACUUUUUGUUUCGUCUGAUGUCAACCCACUGUUCGCCGAUUCUGACCGGACCUACGAGUAUCUGGCUCAUUUGAGGGUGCUAGAUUCGAACAACGAAAAAACUAAACAACACCUAGUGGAUUUGCUGCACAUGAUUGAAUUCUAUCGGAAGCCAUUGCACAACAACAGCGACGACAGUGAUGAUGAUGACGAUGAUGAUGCUUCGAUCAGUUCUGUUGGUUCGUCACAUACGAACGAUGAUGGAAACACGGUUGCACUGACCUCUGAUACGGUUAGUGACGAAGAUGAUAUUUGAACGAUUUAAACCUUAAACUUAGCAAUGUACUGCUUGCAAUGCAAAAAGGGUUCCCGGUGAUAUUGAUGUGUUGUGUCGUAGAUGUUUUCUAUAAUCUACUCUUGGUCUCUGUUUUAAAAUAAUAAGAAUUUCUUUUCACAACGAACUUUUUAAAAUAUCAAUCGAUCUACUUUGCAGUGUAUUACCCAACAAAUAAUGGAACUUAACCCAUUUCCAUACCUUUGCUACGUGUAGAUAUCAUAAAAAUAAAGUUUUAGAUUGUGGUACAAUUUGAAUAAAAGAAAAUUUACGAGAGAUAAACCUAUUUCUUUUCAUGAAUGCAGAUUAAUGUUGCAGACCAAAUGCUGGUAAUGUAUUUGCAUAAUAUUGAACUAACAUGUAAAUUGCUCAGUUUUUCAGCAUCUGAAUAGUUGGAACUCUAAUAUGCGCUGAAGAAGAUGUUCAGGCACAUCAAACUACAUUGACUAUAAAAAUAUUUUCUAAAAUGACAUGUUUAAAACCGAAACCUGAACAUCAGGCCAAAUUUUUUUUCUAUUCCAAUCCUAACAUGUUUAAUUAAAUCUUAUGCGAAACAUCAUCAAUUAUACAAUUUUAUUACGUUCAAACUUUAAAAUUUUUAGAACAAAGAAAAAUUUAUUCAAAAUUAUCUGUUUUAAGUGUGCGCAAAAUCAAGUUUUUUUAAAACACAUAUUUUCUAAAUUCCAACGUCUUCAGACGAGUUGUAAGGUGUAAAAUAAUUAAUCCUGCAAUUAACAAUUCAACUAUCUGGAUUGUGUACCAAAAGCGCGGAUGGAUGUACACUUGAUCUUGUCUGUAAAUGCAGAUACUGGCAGAGGAACGUGCCCACCUACAGGCAUUGUUUAAAAUUAAAGAUAAUUAGUCUCCUAUAAUGAUAACAAGUGAUUGUGGUUCAUAAGUCUGAAGGAACAAAUAA